CAGACAACAACACAGACUGACAGACUUGGUGUCAUGGCGUCAGUGGACAGCACCGGUUCGAGUGUUUCUGGUCGGCUGAGAUCAGGGGAUCUACUUCAUGCUGGCCUGGCAGUUGCACUGCUGCUUGGUGUGUGGAGCGUUGGUGGACUGGAGGUCUCGACAGGUAAAGUGUCUUCAAUCGAAGCGAUGAAUGGCUCCACAGUCCUGCUGCCCUGCACCUACUCCUCCUGUAUUGGCAUCAGAAACCUCUACUUCAACUGGCACUAUAAUGACAAUGGAACCAUGCUCAAGCUAUGCGAAGCUGUGAUCCCCGCCGAGGGUGUGGAGCCCAGGGUCAGCGUGUACCACGAGCGUGUGGAGUUUGUCGGCUCCUCGAAGAGCAACAACAUCUCCAUCCUGCUGUGGAACAUAACCUUCGAAGACGAUGGAGAGUACAUCUGCUUCGCUAGGAACCCAAAAGAGAAGAACCGUAACCACAGCGCUACCUUCACUCUUAUAGUGGUGGACCAAAUGAAGGAGGUUGACAACACUUUGACAGUCAUCAUUGUCUCAGUGCUGGGUGGAGUCAUUGGCUUAGUUAUCAUCGUCAUGGUGAUAAAGGCCUUGGUUGUUCACUUCCUGCUGAAGGAUGAUGAGAAGAACAAAGAGUGCCUGGUGAGCUCCUCAGGGAACGACAACACGGAAAAUGGGCUUUCAGGAGCCAAAGCCGACAACAAAGGGACACCAAAGGCAUGAGCGAAAUGCAAAGUAUGUCUGUAUGUUUGUAUAUAUGUUAGACAAAUGUACACGCUGAGAGGAAAUGCUGUUAUCAAUGGACUGUUUUAUCGUACUAGUGGCUAACUAAUACAACAUGUAAAUGUCUAUUUUAAAUCAUGCUUGAGAUUUGGGAAGUGUUGAAUGUGCACAGGCCUGGAUCACUCGCUCACCUACAUGGCAGCCCCAUGUGUUACACAGUGUGCAGCCCCUGCUAUCGAAUUCUGCUCCACGUCUUACUGGAACCCAACACUCUCUCUACAGCAGAGCCUCAAGUGAAUCGCCUCUGCCUCCACUCACUCACGUACUUGUGGUUUCCAUCGCUGACAUUUUCUUAUUCAGGUUACAAGGUUUCAAAGCAAUGACUCUUUACUUCGAAACCUCUGUAAUGUGCUACAGCUGAUAAUACCUAUUCCAUCACUUUAGAGGAAGAACUUUGCACAAAGCGGAUCCUCAGUUGUCUUAGUUUCUCUAUCUAUAGACCGAAUUUCAAUACUCAACUGCCAAAUACAGUCUCAGUCUCAGUCUACAGUCUCAGUUGACAAGCUAUAAGUAUGUUUGUUCCGCUGGAGUUCACGAGGCUCUGAUGUAAACCACAGCUCUAAGUCAAACCUGGACCCAAACUAACCAGUGGGAACACACACUCUGAUGCCAUGAUGCAUUGCCACAAUCUAUGAACUGCCAUAUGAACUGAAGAACAGCACAAAACUGCUGAGACGCUUCUCUCAAACCCCUCACUUGACACUUCAGCGCCUGUGAACCCAAACCGGAGGACCAUUCAACAGGAGUUUUGUUUACAAACGGAAGCCGUCAUUUUCCAGUCACAGUCGAAUACAAUUUGUUCUAAUUAAAUCUGGAAAAUGCAGAUUUUUUUAACACUGCUUGUAAAUGGCAUUUUAACAUUUACUGAUCAGGUGCUAAUACUGUAGUUCUGAUUGGUCUUGUUUGAAUACAGCUCACUCUUUUUCUGAGUAGCCAACAAACCAUCUGUUGGUUUGCUAGAGGUCUUUUCCCUGACCUUUUAUUCCAGAUCUACCCAUCGACCUUAACUACUGCCAUGCCAGUCUGAACCUCAACUUGCACGUUUACUGCUGGGUCCAGGUUUGACACACUGCUGGUGUGUUUGGUUCAUGAACGCUGAGAGCAGAUUCUUUCGUCGCGAGCUAAGGCUGAGCACUGGGCUUUCUUAGGUGACUGGAGGAUCCAGUUCUGCACAGGUUUUAUUGUUUUGCUUUAGAUGAAACACAGGUGCCUGUUCUGCUUCUGCUCCCUCUGCUGGUGGGAGGAUAAAAAAACACAGAAAAUGUAUUGAAAAAAAAACAAAAAAAACCCCAACCCUAACCUUCAUCAAAGACAAUCCCCCGACUACCCAGCUCUCUAUAGAAAGGAAUGAACUUAAUCAUGCUGCUUCUGACAAAUAACCAAUGCAUUUUUAGCAUGUGCGCAUUUUAUAUAACUUCAUAUAAGUAUAUGUUGUCUAGCACCGCAGUACAGGAACAUGUCUGUGUGUCUCUGUAUGGUUCCAUUUAACCCUUCACAUCGACCUCAACUAACUGAAGCUCUGUCAAUGCUUGAUGAGGACCUCCCAACACUGCUAGAACUUGUUUUUUUAACCCCCUUAACCAGGUCAGGGUGAUCAAAAGGUGACUCUUCUUUUAAAGUAACAGCCUGCAGGUAUCUGUGGGGAAGGAAGGGUGACAGACAUUUUACACUCACUCGAAAGUAAGAACAUUUUAGUGUCUCUGAAUUGGAAUCAUACAAUUGAACAACUCCGUCGGAGAGAUUUAAGAAGUCGGCUCUUUGUUCAGUGGCACAUCAGCAGGAUAUACUGUAAGUGGAGAGAGCGACACACUGUUUGCUAUUCUCUGGACACCAGUUCACGUCCACAUUUCCACACUUGGAACUGGCUAACCUCCAAUACGAGCAUGCUCCGACACCCAUAAGAAAAGAACGUGCACACAUACAUGUAUUUAUAAUUGUGCUGAGAGAGUCCAAACAGGUCUAUUGAUACUGGCUCAGUGACACAGGGGGCGCAGCAUCGGACAGAUCACUGCAAAAGAAUGUAAAGACUCUGUCAGGGAAUAGAUGUUUAUUAUAAAUAUAGUCCAAAAAGUAUAUUCUAAUUAAUUCUGAAAAUGAUAUUCAGUAUGUUAAUGUUAUUAUAAAAUGAAUGUGUUAAUAUCCCAUCAGGCAAGUGGUUCGUUUUCCUUUGCCAACUGUCUUAUUCAGUGUGAAACUACAACCAGCCAAUACUUUCAGUGUUUCGCUCAGUUCAGAUUAGCCAACAACUACUUGCUGUGACUGUAUCUAAACAUUUUUGGGCAUUGGAGAUUGUAAGAUGUGUGUCUUAGGUUUCUAAAUAGUAAUGGUGUCUUAGCACUAAAACUUUUAGGGUUUUUAUUAAGAUCGACACAUAUUCAAGAGUUUGGCGGGAGCUGGGAGUUGCUGAGGGUGAGUAAGAAAAUUAAAAAUAUAUAAUGUUAUAUACAACUUUAAAUGGUAGAAUGUGCUGAAAUGAAACAGCUUGUAGCAUUUUAGAAAGAAUCACAUUUUUGUUUAAGCAAAGAAAAAGAUGGAAAAGUCAACAAAGUCUUUAUGAUAUCACUUCAUGUGGCGAUAGGUCGGCGUGGACGAGCUGAGUGCUAAGAUGCCCGUCGGUAACUAGAACCUGCUGCCUCUCAGUACGAGAGGUCAGUUCUGUGAAGCUGGCAGACGUGUCCUGCCACACCCUCACACAUAGCUUGAAUAGCUCUGACAGCUGAAAGUUACACACAAACACACAUGCACGCUCACAUGUGUGCUCACAUGCGAAGAGCCACUUUGAUGCCAGAGAGUAGUGCACUGGCCUUGCACACAAACAAUACAGCACUUUAAAAAAACAGUUAAGAGUGGGUGCACAAAACAGGACAUCGUGGAAGUGUCUUCAGUUGUUUUAUGACGAGUUAACGAAAACCAACAAUUUCACACUGUGUUCGUCAAGUUUGACAGAGAGCAGCGUUGUGUCAAAACGGUCUCGGCAUUGUCUGACUACAUGUUGUCUCACUGGAACACAGGUCUGUGGCAAGAGUUUGUUUUCCCUUUCUGAUUGUUCACUUUGUCAGCCUGCUGCUCUACAGUACUGGAGUGCAUUUCCGUUCUUGCUUUCAAUGGAAGCAAUAAGACAGACAUCAGAUUAUGCAAUAACCUGUUACAAGGCACUUUAUAGAUGUGUCUGGACUGGCUGUGAUGGCAUCUCUGUCUCUCCAAGGCACUGUUCAUUGUACCGAUGUAUGUAUCUACACUGUACUAAUGUAUCUCAGUUGGACUAAUGCAUGGACAUUAGAUUCAUAUAUCUACAUUAGACAGAUUUAUCUGCUUUGGGAAACUGUAAUGACUACUAACAUUGUUAGUACUGUGCGGUGUUAGGAGUGAUACAGUAUUCUUGUGUUGUGAAACUGUGAAUGUUAUGGAUUAAGGAAGCACCACACACACACACACACACACACUUGCUUCCUUGUCGUGUGCAGAUCCCUCUAUAAAGAGGGUACACAUGUGCAUCCAAAGUCUUCCUGUAGGGAAAAGCAAUAUUGUGGAGUUGAUCUGUCUGUUAGUGUACUUUUCUUACCCCGUAUCUUUAACCCUGGAAUAGCAUAACAAAUAGGUGGAUUCAUGUAGGGAUUGUGAUGCAUAACUUGUAUAUUUGUGGCCACAGUUCCCAUUGUUCUCUUCUGUGAUCCCUGACUUGAUUGUGAAGCCUGUUAAUCCUGUCUCACAGUUCCAGGAGAUUCUUUCUUAUCUCUAAUUUAUUUCCCUGAUGUAAAACUACUGAUAACGUGAAAAAACCUCCAUAACGAAACAUCCCCAGCAAACCAGGCGCAGGUAUGUGAGGAGUAUACGAGUGAUGUUCUGCUUCAGGUAUAUGUGUGACGGUAAAACAAUGCACCUGAUUUAACACAUGGACGCAGUCUAAAUCUAGUUAUGAAACAGUUGCUUUCAUAACCCCAUGGAAUUGUUCUGGGUUACGAAACCACCAAAAGCAUUGGCUGUUUUAAGUUUGUUUUAAUGAUUUUUGUUUUCUCACAUAAGCACCUUUGGACAUUCUGACCUGCAUUGUUGCUCUCCAGAAAAACACCUGUCCUGAAGCUUCCAUGAGUCUUGAGGUCAGCAAACUGCUGGCAGUGACUGCUGCAGUACUGAGCAUGCCCAGUUCAGUGUAGGAUGCUCCUCUGCAGUGGUGCAAUACAGCACAGUAAAUACAGUGUGACUGCCACCCAGUGGUAAACGGCCAACAAAUCAAAUAACCUUCCCCCUAGUGGAGGCUGAUGAGACAUAUAAACAUGCACUUACUGCAUGUCUAUUCAGACUGAAAUCACUGCAUAGUGGAAAAAACACAGAGUAAAUUUAAAGCUACAAUUAUAAUUUUAUGUAACUGAGAGAUAAAAUCAUAUGAAUGAAUAUAAAUAGUGUUGAAAUUGUUGCUAAUUGCUUUAGGUGAUACCACUUGAUAGAAGUAUAAUGUCGAUCCCUGUACACAUUGGGCAUUUAAUCUACAUUUAAAAAGGAGUGAUGCGUAUGCAUAAGUUUACACUAAAUCAUACAUGCUACAAACAUGAACCCUCUAUCAAAUCACUCACACUGUGAGCGUUGAAUAGUCACAGAUAGCCUCAAUGUUACUGUCACAUUGUUCACUAAAAUAACACAGUGUUGGGACAUCAGAUAGACCACUAUGAUUCCUUAGAGUUAGUAAUGCUCUUACUGCCAGAGUGGCUGAAACUCGCACUGCCAAUCCAAGAGUCUCACGUCUGCUGUUGUUACAACACUAUUAAAACGACACACACACACACACUACUAAAAUAUGUUGUAUUGUCGUCUACCGCUGUAUUAAUGGCAUUUCAGUGCUAAAUCGUGGAUGAUAUUUCUCUGUACUACUUCUGUAUUUCUAGCAGCUGAAACUCACACUGCCAAGCCAAGUGUCUGACGUCUGCUCCCUGCUUCCCACAUUCCACACAGAUCAACAGAUCCAACCGCUGAUCUAAUGUCGGUGCAGUUCAGCAGAAAAGUUCACUUUACUACAAACCUGAUCCGGAUGCUGAUACAUGACACGAAUUAGGAGAAAUAUGUACUAUAACAUGCUUUCUGGUACAAAGACAAUGUUUGAAUAUUGAUCAAAUUGUUGUUAGCUAUGCCAUAUUGUGACCUAAUGCGUGUCAAUAUUAUAUUACACACCUAUCAAUCUGCCUCCUAUAACUCUUUUAAAGAGAUUAUAUUGCAGAUCAAGGCUAGAGAUUUGAAUUUUAAGCACAGGCUGACACCGGCCUCUCCACAUUUUCUCACCACAGUCUGGCAUUUUAAACAAUUUCAACGACAACUUUUUACACAUUCAGCAGCUGCAAACAUAAUUCUAUCUACAUAUCUGAUCUUAAGCUUUUCAAGGCCAGUGAUGUUAUACAAAUUACAGUCUUUUAUAGUAACUUAUACUCCUGCGGCAAAUUCCUAUGUUUUGCUCACAUCAGAACACUCACACUCACACACACACACACACACAGACAACACAUGUGUAACCCCAGGUUUCCUGGAUCAACUCUCCUCUGAAUGUCCUGCUGUUCGUCUGUGUUUGUGACCAUGUUGCUCAUGCUCCCUUCAUGACUAUGCACCUCCAAACUUUUGACUUGUUAAAAAAAAUACAUACCGGAAAUAAAA